AUGGGGGGACACAGCGGUGGAAGGGAGACGGAGAGCGGAGCAGGACUCGGUGUGUGCUCAGGCUCCGAGCGGAGGCUCCGAGCGGAGGCUUCGGCUGCCAAGGCCCGAGCGCUCCAAAGGAAUGAGGGGAAGGAGAGGUUAGCCUGGGCCAAGCCCUGCCUGGCCGGCUGCACCCGUGGCUGCUGGGAAGAGGGCCUGGAGCCAGGACCCAGGAGUGGGCAGGAAACCGAGUGGUCCGAGACCAGCUCAGAUUCCUGCGUCAAGAUCGCGGCCAUAGACAACGGCCUUGCCUUUCCCUUUAAACACCCUGAUGAAUGGAGGGCCUACCCCUUCCACUGGGCCUGGCUGCCCGCCGCCAAGGUGGCCUUCUCCCAGGAGACCAGGGACCUGGUGCUGCCCCGCCUCUCAGACAUGAACUUUGUACAGGAUCUCUGUGAGGACCUCUAUGAGAUGUUCAAGACGGACAAAGGCUUCGACAAGACCAUGUUUGAAAGACAGAUGUCGGUCAUGAGGGGGCAGGUGCUGAACCUGAGCCAGGCGCUGAAGGACGGCCGCAGCCCCAUCCAGCUGGUCCAGAUGCCUCGUGUGGUGGUGGAGCGAAGCCGCUCCGGGGGCCACGGCCGCGUGGUCACCCUCGGCAACGCCUUCACUCAGACCUUCCACUGCAAGAGGCCCUUCUUCACCUCCUGGUAGACAGUGUGAGGAAGAGGAAGAGGAGGAGGAGAGGCCCUUCUUCACCUCCUGGUAGACAGUGUGAGGAAGAGGAGGAGGAGGAGGAGAGGCCCUUCUUCACCUCCUGGUAGACAGUGUGAGCAAGAGGAGGAGGAGAGGCCCUUCUUCACCUCCUGGUAGACAGUGUGAGGAAGAGGAGGAGGAGGAGGAGGAGAGGCCCUUCUUCACCUCCUGGUAGACAGUGUGAGGAAGAGGAGGAGGAGGAGAGGCCCUUCUUCACCUCCUGGUAGACGGUGUGAGGGAGAGGAGGAGGAGGAGGAGGAGGAGGAGAGGCCCUUCUUCACCUCCUGGUAGACAGUGUGAGGAAGAGGAGGAGGAGAGGCCCUUCUUCAACUCCUGGUAGACAGUGUGAGGAAGAGGAGGAGGAGGAGGAGAGGCCCUUCUUCACCUCCUGGUAGACAGUGAGGGGGGGGGGGGGGAAGAGGCCCUUCUUCACCUCCUGGUAGACAGUGUGAGGAAGAGGAGGAGGAGGAGAGGCCCUUCUUCACCUCCUGGUAGACAGUGGGGGGGGAGGAGGAGAGGCCCUUCUUCACCUCCUGGUAGACAGUGUGAGGAAGAGGAGGAGGAGGAGGAGAAGAGAUCCUUCUUCACCUCCUGGUAGACAGUGGUGGGGGGGGAGGAGGAGGAGAGGUGAUAAGGAGAGGCGGUCCAUCUGUCGGUUUACCUCUCGAGACUCCUCCCCUCUUCUUCUGAGCCUUCUCGUUUGGAAUGCGGCCUGGGGAGGGUUUAGGGUGUGAAUUGGAACGGCCCCCGGCUGGUGAUUGGCUGUUUGUCACAAGAACGCCCGGUCAUAAAACUCCUUUUGAAUGUCGGGACUAUGAAGAAUGUUUUUGUUCUUAGUGCCGACAUUCCUGUUGAUGACUCUUCGAAAGUAAGAACAUUCUCGGUAUUUGAAUGAUGGAUACUGACGCCUUGGGUUGGUUCGUUAGGGUGGUCAAUUAAGGGACGACUAUUGAAUAUUAUGGGCCUUGACCUUUUAUAACGAGUGGUCAAGGUGGAGGGGUCGAGACUCUUGAGAGAGCUUGAGAUAUUGGCAUUCCAAAUUCCUUUGUGGGCCUCGAGGUUCUGUGAGAUUUUCACGGGCAAUUCGUUUAGAGGAAACCUUGGGUUUUACACGCGUUGCUUGAAGAGUUUUUGAAGGAACUCUCUACGUCCUGUAGCUCAGCUUCGAGCUACAGGCGACCCCAAACGCGCACCGUAGUGUCACGCUGUUAUUUCCGAGUUUGAAGGUACCACUGUAUUUUCUAUGACACACCUGCUGGUACUGAUACGUUUUUAGUAUUUUAUGCAAAGUUUUCCAGAGUUUACAGACGAACCCUGACCCGAACCACCACCAACUUGAUGAAGGCUCAACCUGUUCACUCCCUCGAUAGACUCUUCUUUGCCUUGUGUCGAUCACCCCCUACCCCCAUGGACACGUGCACACUCACCCCGGACACGUGCACACUUUUCUAUUUAUAUUGGUAUUAUAUUGGUUUGGUGCAUAAGUAAGCAAAACACAAAAAAAAUAACUAAUUUAUGACAACCUUUUAGUCCAGUUUCGGCCUCAUCUGUCCAACAACCACAACCACAUCCCAAUUCCCCCUUGCUUCACUGUUGCCAAAAUAUCCCAAAAAGGAUCAUUGAAAGUUUUCCAGAAUAGGAUAUCAAAACUUGAAAACCUGAUUUCUUUGGAUUUGAUUUGUGGUGAGGAGGAGGAGUUAAGGAGUUCCACGUUGCUUGAAUGUAACCCGUUUACUGUUUCUAUCGUUUUUUUAUUGUUGCUCCUGGACAUUUCAGAUGGAGGAAGUUCUGUGGGAACAGGAUUUCUCUCUUAACAAUGAAUGUAUUUAAACGCCGGCCAGAAGCUAGUUCUCGACGCUGGCAUGAAGGAAGACCACUUCUCAUCUCUUAGUGUGUUUGAGGUGGAAAGCGGACAGACACUUGUGCUCAAUGCUUUUUUUUUUUCUUUUUUUUUUCUUACGUAUGCAUCUUGAACUUUUUAUUCUAAGUGGAAUGGUUGUAUGAUAAAUGUAUAUUUAAGAAAUGAAAAUAAAAUUUGGGACACAUGGAUUAUUUAUUUUGUAUGGAUAGACUGCUGGGCAGGGGUCACAAACCCAAGGCUCGGGAGCCCAUCGAGGCUCGUCCAGCGCUGGGCAGCGGCUCCAAGUAGCUUCAAGAGAUCAAGGUGAUACUGUGACACUUAAAUAGCAAAAUAAAGUGUUUUAAUAUUAGGUCAACUAAAAUAAACGUCACAUCCUACACCCACACAUUUCAUUAAUGCAACAAACGAUCCG